CGCUGCUUAUUUUAGCCGCUUCUCCACCCCGCCGGGAAUACCAUCCAGAUCUUAGUCCAGGUAGAUCUGACGUCAAGAGAUGGCUUUCGUCGAUUUGACGUGUAAACACUCAUUUCCAUUCCGGCUAGGAAGGGCUGGGGCUCCACUCAGCCGGGAGACCAAAGAGCGCUCGCCACCGCCCAGCCUCUACUCGCGCGCCUCCUAUCUCCUAGCAGAGCAACCCCGAGCGAGAAGUGGUCUAGAGUCCGAGGGUGAAAAGGGCGAGUCUUUCUGGCUUUUUUUCUUUCUUGCUUCUUGUCUUGCUUCUUUUCCUCGUCUCCUUCGACUUGUGUGAGAGCGAGUGUGUGAGCCAUGGAGCGAAGAGCCUGGACUCUGCAGUGUACUGCUUUCGCUCUCUUUUGCGCUUGGUAUGCAUUGAACAGUGUAAAAGCUAAGAGGCAGUUUGUGAAUGAAUGGGCAGCGGAGAUCCCCGGGGGACCGGAGGCAGCUUCAGCCAUAGCCGAGGAGCUGGGCUAUGACCUUUUGGGUCAGAUUGGAUCACUUGAAAAUCACUACUUAUUCAAACAUAAAAACCAUCCCCGAAGGUCUCGAAGGAGUGCUUUUCAUAUUACUAAGAGAUUAUCUGAUGAUGAUCGUGUGAUAUGGGCUGAACAACAAUAUGAAAAAGAGAGAAGUAAGCGUUCAGUUCUAAGAGACUCAGCACUAAAUCUCUUCAAUGAUCCGAUGUGGAAUCAGCAGUGGUACUUGCAAGAUACUAGGAUGACUGCAUCCCUGCCCAAGCUGGAUCUCCAUGUGAUACCUGUUUGGCAAAAAGGCAUCACAGGCAAAGGAGUUGUUAUCACAGUACUGGAUGAUGGUUUGGAGUGGAAUCACACAGACAUCUAUGCCAAUUAUGAUCCAGAGGCUAGCUAUGAUUUUAACGAUAAUGACCAUGAUCCAUUUCCCCGUUAUGAUCCCACAAAUGAGAAUAAACAUGGGACCAGAUGUGCAGGAGAAAUUGCCAUGCAAGCAAAUAAUCACAAAUGUGGGGUCGGAGUUGCAUACAAUUCCAAAGUCGGAGGCAUAAGAAUGCUGGAUGGCAUUGUGACUGACGCUAUUGAAGCCAGUUCAAUUGGAUUCAAUCCCGGACAUGUGGAUAUUUACAGUGCCAGUUGGGGCCCUAAUGAUGAUGGGAAAACUGUGGAAGGGCCUGGCCGACUAGCCCAGAAGGCUUUUGAAUUUGGUGUUAAGCAGGGAAGACAAGGAAAGGGCUCCAUCUUCGUCUGGGCUUCUGGGAAUGGGGGACGUCAGGGAGAUAACUGUGAUUGUGACGGCUACACAGACAGCAUCUACACCAUCUCCAUCAGCAGCGCCUCCCAGCAAGGCCUGUCUCCCUGGUAUGCUGAGAAGUGCUCCUCCACCCUGGCCACCUCAUACAGCAGUGGCGAUUACACCGACCAGCGAAUCACCAGUGCCGACCUGCACAAUGACUGCACAGAGACCCACACGGGCACCUCAGCCUCAGCACCCCUGGCUGCUGGCAUCUUCGCUCUGGCGCUGGAAGCCAAGAUACAUCAUUUUUUGUCCCUGAAAAAUAUUUUGGGUCAUUUCCCCUCCAGUCCAAAUCUUACAUGGCGAGACAUGCAGCACUUGGUUGUCUGGACCUCUGAGUAUGACCCACUGGCCAAUAACCCUGGAUGGAAAAAGAAUGGAGCAGGCUUGAUGGUGAAUAGUCGAUUUGGAUUUGGGUUGCUAAAUGCCAAAGCUCUGGUGGAUUUAGCUGAUCCCAGGACCUGGACCAGUGUGCCUGAGAAGAAAGAGUGUGUUGUAAAGGACAAUGAAUUUGAGCCCAGAGCCCUGAAAGGUAAUGGAGAAGUUAUCAUUGAAAUUCCAACAAGAGCUUGUGAAGAACAAGAAAAUGCCAUCAAGUCCCUGGAACAUGUGCAAUUUGAAGCAACUAUUGAAUAUUCCCGAAGAGGAGACCUUCAUGUUACACUCACUUCUGCUGCUGGCACCAGCACUGUACUGUUGGCUGAAAGAGAACGGGAUACAUCUCCUAAUGGUUUCAAGAAUUGGGACUUCAUGUCUGUUCACACAUGGGGAGAGAAUCCCAUAGGCACCUGGACCUUGAGAAUUACGGAUAUGUCUGGAAGAAUGCAAAAUGAAGGAAGAAUUGUCAACUGGAAGUUGAUUUUUCAUGGGACCUCUUCUCAGCCAGAACAUAUGAAACAGCCUCGUGUGUACACAUCCUACAACACUGUUCAGAAUGACAGAAGAGGGGUGGAGAAGAUGGUGGAUCUGGGGGAGGAGCAGCCCACACAAGAGAACCUGAAAAAGAACCCCCUCAUGUCAAAGAGCCCUAGUGGCGACAGUACAGGGGACAGGAGGAAUGAGCUGGCAGAGGCAGCCCCAUCCGAGGCGAUGCUGAGACUCCUUCAAAGUGCUUUCAACAAAAACUCACCCCCAAAGCAAUCACCAAAGAAGCCUCCAAGUGCAAAGCUCAACAUCCCUUAUGAAACUUUCUAUGAAGCGCUGGAAAAGUUGAACAAGCCUUCCCAGCUUAAAGAGUCCGAGGACAGUCUAUAUAACGACUAUGUUGAUGUUUUCUAUAACACGAAACCUUAUAAGCACAGAGAUGACCGGCUGUUGCAAGCUCUGGUGGACAUUCUGAGGGAAGAAAAUUAAAAUAAGUGUGGAGUCCUGA